AUGGACUCCAGUGACUCCUACUCAGACAGCUACGCGAGUUCCUCCUUCGCUUCCGAGAUCGAUUUGUUUCGAGAAGAGGCGCCUGAGGCUCCAACGCCACUGCUGAGGAUACUGCCGAGGCAUUUUCACGAGCCGAGGUUGCUGUACUUGCUUUGGGUCAGCGAGCGGUGGCAGCGAGCUGUGUUGCUACGUGAGGAAGUAACUGUUUGGGAGGCUGCCUGGGGGAGCAUUGCAAUCAACCAUCGCAUCCUGCUCCUGUCCCCUCAACAGACUUGGCUUGCCGUGGGCUUGGGAAACCGGGAACUUCACAGGUGCGUGACGACGGCCGUCAACCUGGGCCAGGAACCCCUGUCCUUGAGGGCGGAUGCUUGGGCCAUCGGUGCCAGGGUUAAGCGCCCAUGCUUGGCCUGGGAGCAAGGCCCAAUGAAAAGCAUCCUGGGGAAUGCAGCUGGCUCGAUCAUUCCGAGCCCUACGUGGCCGGUACUGCCUGCUCUGACUGCUGCGGACUCAGAUUUUGAGGAUCGAAGCUGGUCGGAGGUCGUCCCUCCGUGGGAGCCUCGGGCAGCUAAGUGGCUGAAGUCGUCGCUGCAUAGCUCUUCGUGGGUGGAUGUUUUGGAUCACAAGAGGUCUGCUGCCCUGGAAAGGUGGAAGGUCCUAGUCAUGUCUUCAGGGGAGGCUACAGCUCUGGGGAGGUCCAUCCUGGAAGCUCAGCGGAGCGAGGACCCCGCUGCUGUUGACGCUUCGAUUGCCGAUGCUUUCCAUCGUAAAGCUACCUCGACCCUGAGGACUAGGGCUGCGUCUCUGCUUAUGUUUUGCAGGUGGCGAGCCACCGAAGGCGGGACUGCGGCAGCAGGGAUCUUUCCUUUGGAUGAGCCGACGGUGUAUAACUACGUGGCCCACCUUAGGUCGACCAAGGCACCCCGCACCCGGGCUCCUAGAUUCCUCGAGGCCUUGGGCUUCGCGAAAGGAGUACUGGGGGCCGAAGUACAGAAUAUCCUGGAUUCAGCGCGCAUUCGUGGGGCUGCCGAGGGCUCUGCUGAGGGGCUGCAGAGACUCGCCGGUUACCAUGUUGAGCCUGGGGCAAAGAAUCCAUUGGAGUAUGGAAGGGAUGCAAUGGCUCCGGUUCUUGGUUUCAUUGAGGGGCUCCUGGAGGUUAUUUCGGGAGGACUCUUUGACCCGGACCGCACGAGGUCUGGCAGAUGGAUUGGGUGUCGCUCUUUGGACGACGCCUUGAGGAAACUGCAGGAUGCCUCAGGCGCCAGGGGCCCUUCGGAUCUACCCGGCGAGGAGGAGGCUAGUCCGUUCCUCGCACCCGGGAUUGACGAUAGCCUGCAUCCUGAGGAGCUUUCGGAGCCCGGGGAUGCCACGCCUGGGCCUUCUGCAUUGGAGCUCGAGCAAGCUUCCUCCGAUGGGCAUCAGGUGUCCGAGUGUGAAUCCUCGUCGGCGUCCCUUCAGGAUGAGGAAGAGUCCGAGGACGCUGAAAGGAUGGCGGAGCUUGCGGGAGAGCAGGUAGCCGAGGCAAUCCAAGGGGCGUCGGAUGCUCUCGAGGGCCCUUUCUUUAGACAUGUCGUCAGUGGUGUUUUGCACAGAGUGCGAAUUUUGAAUCCUGAGAACGAAGGUGAGGCCACAGUCUUUUAUUGUGGCCGUCAGGCGAAUGCCAACUAUAAGGAGACCAUAGGGUGCUCCAUCUACGAGCCUCGCAAAUGUGCGAAGUGCUGGUCCGAGCGUUGA